AUGGACACAAGCUCCUGCACCAGAGUUGAAGAUGAACUCUCUGUUGUCCACCUGAGCUCCCUCCACGAGGGCGUUCUCCAGCUGCGGGGACACCUGCGGUCCGCCCUCCUCGCCGAUAGCCCACAGACAGAGAUGGUCGUGUACACCAGCCUCUACAAGCUCUACAGAGAGUUCUACCUACCCUUCUACUUCGCCAAAUCGCAUGGCUCCUCCAGAUCGCUGCCUGGGGUCGACGCCGCACCUUCACCAGAUGCGCGUCCGCCUGCCUCGGCUGAGGCAUGGUUCGUCAUGACCUCCUACACCCAGGAUGUGUUGGCCGCCUGUGUGUACCUGCUGGAUCCGGCGUCGCUGCCUACCACUUACACUGUCCCGUCGCUGCCGCCUGGGUGCGAAGAGGCAGGAAACGAAGCAAAUGCCUCCAGCGUCUACGUCAGUGCUGCGCAGCGUCGCUUUUGCGGACUCAUCUUCUUGUACACAUGCUGGUCGAGUGCGACUCUUCCACUGCACAUUGUACUGCAGGCGCUCUAUCCUCUGCUUGAUCCAGGCGUGCCGGCUGCACCGCCGGCAGCCGCCGCCGCACUGUCCACGAUCCCUAGCACUCUGCCUGGACCACAACGUACAAACCUCACGGAGAACCACAUCGCCGCCGAGUUGUUUGCGAAGGAGCGAUUCGCCAGUCAUAAGCGACUCCUCAGUGAUACGUUGACCGGUCUCGUGCUUACGCGGCCUAACGGUGUGCGAGCGCUACUGCGCGUGCUUCUGCUGAACGACAGGGUGCAGACUGAUAUGGCAGGUGAGGCAGUGCAGUUGCUGGUUCAGCUACUGACGUCUCCAGUCGUUACGCUGUGGAGGCAGCAGCAGCUAGACGAGGCUGUUGGUGACCGCAGCUCCUUAUCGGCGGAAGGUGAAGAAGAAGGCGCUUUGAGCGUUGUUGUGGCGCACGUGACGACCGGGUUGUCGGUCGAGGACCACGUGCGACUGCUCGCCCCACAGUUACUUGCGCUCCUCGAGGAGCACGCUGACGCCACCUCAGUUGUCUCGUCAGCAUCGGCGACUGCGGUGCGGCCUCGCUUCCUGGCGCGCCUCGGUGCAGGUCACCUUCGGCUGCCCGCCGAGACACUAGAGCAGCGCCUGCACCUCGUCCUCACGGUGUUGCUGAAUGCGCUGGUGCGACUUCCACCUCGCAGCAGGCACGACUUUGCGCGUGCCUAUCGACAGUUCUUCUACACGAACAAGUAUGUGCUCUCACCUGGAUUUGGCUGCCUCGCCCUGCGCUGCGACACCCUCGUCACUGAGGGCGAAACCAUCGCCGCGCUCCUUCGCCUGAGGUCGCUCCUCAAAGGAGUCUCGUUGGGCGCCGGUUGCGGGGUCAUUGCGCAGGUGCUGCCGGCCACUGCUCCAGGUGUUUUGAGCAUUUGUGCUCUUCUCUCUGGCAGCGUCGACGGAGAAGGCAAGGCGGCGCAGUUUGUGUCUCCAUUGUUGUCAGCGACGCUGCGCCGCCUCUUGACGGAGCUGCUGUCAAACCCGUCGCUCUACGAAGUGUGCGCGCGUGCCUUGGUAAGCGCGUGCGGCGAGGCGCGUUCACAGUACUACAUGCAAGUGAACGAUGCGCAGUCGCGUCUGCGCUACGCAGGGCGCGUUUGUCGGCGCGGGUAUCUUGCGGCUGGGCUACAGUGGCUCCUACUGGAUGUCGCCGCCACCACGCCUGACUUUGUUCAAGCGUGCGUCGAUGUCAUGGUGGAGACAUGCCACCUGGAGCUCUUCGCUGCCGGUAUGGAGGACGUGGCUGUGCCACCGGUGCCACGGCUGACGGAAACGAUGUCCUCCACGUUGGCGACAACAUCGCUCGGUGAUGCACCAACGGCGAAGGCGGACUCUUCUCCGCUGGUUGCUGUACUGGAGCGCCUUUCGUUGGAGGCGUCGCCAGAAGCUCUCUUCGGUGCUCGUGACGUCUCUCUCGCCUCCACACUGGAGCUGCUUGGCCGCAUGCUGAGGCUUUCGGGUGUGCUAUACCGGUGGGCUCUGGGGCUGAUGGAGCACCUUCUCUCAGAAGCGAACGUUGAGUCGCAUCUCUGUGGAGGCGGCACUGCAGCGGAGCGGCGGCGAAAUCUAUCUCGCCUGCAGCGGUGCACCCGCAGCAUACUUGCGUCUCUCACAGUGUUGAAUAACCCCACCCACAGUAGCGAAGUGUGUCAUUCGGUGGUAGACGGUGGCGACGCGCUGUUGCCGCUCACCGCCCGCGCCGGGCAAGCGCUGGAGGCCUGUCUCAAACGUAUUGAUGCGUGCCUGACGUCUUCCGAGGCAGUGGCGCAGCUCCCAGACGACAACAGCCGCCGACAAGGCGAGGUGAUCACUGCGAUUCGCGCAGAGUGGCUGCAACUGGCGGAGAGGCUUCGGACCGCGCUGGACAGCCGAGCUGCGGUGAACGUUGCUGUGACUCUCGCGAUGCUUGCCCACCGCGUCGACGAUUUGGUAUUUGCUGUGACCGAUCCACAGCCCCUCUACGCCUCUAGCCGACUCCUGCUGCAACUCCUUGUGCGCGCACUGUUUGAAGCCGACGACAUCGGCGCCGCGUUGCGGGCUGUUCACUGCGUGACAUGGCUGGGGAUGUACCGUUUCGACUCCAAGGACUCGAGCUACAUGGCAGACGUGAUGUGGUCUGUGUUGGCAGAGGACCGCCUGCCGUCGUGGUUGGCUGCCUCUACCGGGUGCAACUUCGCUACCCAGGCUGCCGCAGCAUCGCGAUGGUGCCGGCUUCGCGUUCGUGUGCUCGACAUUCUUCUCUCAUGGACGGACUACGACGAGGACGGUUGCACACUGCGCAACCUUGACGAUGCAAUGCGGCGUAAGCGCCACACUUCCCUCUACGAGGUUCUCGUCGCUCUCUGCCACAGCACGCAAGACGCGUUCGUACAGGUGGCGGCCUUGCAUUUUAUUGGCGCCUACGCUCUGGCCAUGCAGCCACACGUCCCCAUCUCCGAGAUCUGUGAACUAUGCCGCGACGUAUUUCGACUGUCACGCCACGAAAUGGCGAAGGCUGCGUGCGCUGCGACAUUGGGCAAAGUGGUCGCGUCGUUGUGCCAGACCUCUGGUGCCACGCUGCCCGCGGUGUCGGAGGUGGACAUUGGCACCCUUCAAACACUCGCCUCUGCCAUGUCGUCGUAUCGCGGAAGGCCUCUCGUAGAGAGCAGUGCGAGUGUGACGGCACCCGCCUUGAACGCCGCGGCGGAGGUGGACCUGCAUGAUGCGGUAAUUCAGCAACACGGGCGUGAGAUGCUAGCGCUCUUGCGAGGUAUUUCCCUCGACUCUGGAUGGUAG